GACAAAAAAUGGAACACACCAGCAGUGUGAGGAGACCUGAAAGUGGCACAUGGCAUGGCAGAGUGUGGCGAUGGAGACAGCAGCAAUGGGAGGCCGUACAGGGACCCAUGAGACACUGUGGACCUGGCAGCAGCAUGAGGAGGCGGUACAGGGGCCCAUGGCAGAUUACGGGCCUGGCAGCAGCAAUGGGAGGCCCGUAAUCUGCCAGCACCCUAUGACAAAAAAUGGAACACACCAGCAGUGUGAGGAGACCUGAAAGUGGCACAUGGCAUGAGACACUGUGGGACCUGGCAGCAGCAUGAGGAGGCGGUACAGGGGCCCAUGGAAGAUUAGGGGCCUGGCAGCAGC